CGCAGAGCAAGCACAGGGGCAGCCUGCCUUUGCAGAACCAAUGUCUUUAUUGCACUAGCACGUGGCUUGGGGCCUAGUCCUUAGUAUGCAAAUUGAUGGUGCCAUUGUCCUUCCAGUCCACCAGGUGGCAGAGCGGGUGGAGGCUCUGGGGCAGUUUGUCAUGAAGACCAGAAGGACCCUUAAAGGACACGGGAACAAAGUCCUGUGCAUGGACUGGUGCAAAGAUAAGAGAAGGAUGGUGAGCUCAUCGCAGGAUGGGAAGGUGAUCGUGUGGGAUUCCUUCACUACUAACAAGGAGCACGCAGUCACUAUGCCCUGCACAUGGGUGAUGGCAUGCGCUUACGCCCCAUCGGGAUGUGCGAUCGCUUGUGGCGGUUUGGAUAAUAAGUGUUCUGUGUAUCCAUUGACGUUUGACAAAAACGAAAACAUGGCUGCCAAAAAGAAGUCUGUUGCUAUGCACACCAACUACCUGUCUGCCUGCAGCUUCACCAACUCUGACAUGCAGAUCCUGACUGCGAGCGGCGACGGCACAUGUGCCCUGUGGGAUGUAGAGAGUGGGCAGCUGCUGCAGAGCUUCCAUGGCCAUGGCGCCGACGUCCUCUGCUUGGACCUGGCUCCCUCAGAGACUGGAAACACCUUCGUGUCAGGGGGAUGUGACAAGAAAGCCAUGGUAUGGGACAUGCGCUCUGGCCAGUGCGUGCAGGCCUUUGAAACACACGAAUCUGAUGUCAACAGUGUCCGAUAUUACCCGAGUGGAGAUGCCUUUGCUUCAGGGUCAGAUGAUGCUACGUGUCGCCUCUAUGACCUCCGGGCAGACAGGGAGGUCGCUAUCUAUUCCAAAGAGAGUAUCAUAUUUGGAGCGUCCAGUGUGGACUUCUCCCUCAGCGGUCGCCUGCUGUUUGCUGGAUACAAUGAUUAUACUAUCAACGUCUGGGACGUUCUCAAGGGGUCCCGAGUCUCCAUCCUGUUUGGACAUGAAAACCGCGUUAGUACUCUUCGAGUUUCCCCUGAUGGGACCGCUUUCUGCUCAGGAUCAUGGGAUCAUACCCUAAGAGUCUGGGCUUAAUCAUCUUCUCACAACGCACACAAUGCUGAGGAUACGAUUUGAAACCUUCACAUGUAAAUAGAUACUACUUCUAGAGGAGCUGAGGUUUAUUGCAAUUUAGCUUGCGGGAGCAGCUCCAUGGCUCAGAGAUCACUAAGCCUCUCCAAUAUUACUACUAAAACCACCAACCCCAGAAAUACACUAGUGUGAGCCUUCAGCACCUUCAAGUACAGUAUUUUUCAUUUUGAACACUUUUUAAAGUUUAUCCGUUUUUAAGGUUAUUAUAAAUUAUAGUAGUCUCAACUCAUCGUUACCAAUAGAAUUCAGCAUUUAAUAUAGUCCACUUAUUUCCUUGAAUCAAAUUUGUUUUCAAAGCACUUUAAAAUCUUAUUUUUCUUGGUGUGCACUGUGACUUUUGGAACCUUCCUAUAGAAGUGCUGGUUUUACUAUGACUACAUAUUUGAUAACCUAGAUAAAAUGAACCAAAAAAAAAAAAUGCUGGAUUUAUAGACUGUAUGAGGACUGUGUUACAUGGUCUGUGACAGAAGGAAAAUUCCAGUUCCUAAUGUAAUUAGACAAAAUCACAUUUUAAAAAAUGUUUUUAUUGUAAAAGUAUGUUUUUCAGCCUCCUGUUCUGUCUUUUUUCAGAUAAAACAUCUUUGUCUUUAUAAACUGUUGUAAAUGAAGAAGAGAUAUGCCUAAAAUGGCCAGGAUGUUUGAUUCAUGAAUUAUGUGAUGUGAUAGCACUUGGACAGGGCAUUUUCUUUCAUUUGAGGGAAAAGCUGAACGCUGUUUGUAACACAAAUGCUUCCAAGAACAAGCAAAACCUUUCUGUGUGGGAACUUAAGACAGUAAGCUUAUUUAAAAACCUAUUAGUAGUAUUAGUGGAAACACUUAGGUUAAAGUGGAUCUUGUCCACAUAAAUUAUAUUCGUAUGUAUUCUGUAAUUACAUAUACAGAUUGAUAGGUCUUGAAUAAUAAUGUCUUUGUUCCUCUUGAGAGAAAAAUAAUAUAAAAAGGAUAUCUUGUCUUUAUUUGAAAAUCAGCAAAUCCUUCUGGAAGAUGUCAAGUGCUUUUUGUUAUAGGAUCCCUUCUUUUCCUUUUUUUUUCUUUACAGGGUAGACGCUUAAUCUUUGUUUUAGAAAACUCCUUAUUCAAAAAAAUGGCAUGAAUUAAUUACCGGAAUAAAUAGUCACCUCAGACACCAGAAGUCAUUCCUGGGUGCGGUUUGCCCCAUGGGUGGCCUGGGGUCUGACUGCCAGGUCCUUGCCACACAUGAGAGCUGCAUGUGCCGAGUCUCUAGGCCGUCCUGUCUCCUCUCUCGGUCCUGCUCCUCCUACUGGUGGUUCUGGCUUUGCUGGUCCAGCCUCAGGCCCUGCUCUCAGAGAGGCCCUUCCAGAGCCGGAGCCAGGUAUCUCCAUGGGACAGGCCUGGACCUGACGUUCCUGUAAACAUCAGGGGUGUGCCCAGCCCACCCUCAGAACUGAUUGUUCAGAUGUCAUGAUAGGUACAUCAGUCAAAAAUCAGCCAGGCCAGCUUUUCCAUCACCUCAUUUUAAAUAAAUAUAAUGGUUAUAUUCUGUCAUUUGUGAAGCAAACAUUUGAUGAGGGUUUUACUACACAUCAGGGGCUGGGGCAGAGAGGGAAAGAUAAAAAAAAAAAACCCUGCCAGCCUCCAAAGAGCCCAGAGUUAGGGAGGGAGCGUGGUCCAGAGGGAUGUUUUUUAGCCACCUUCUUCCCCUGGUGGAUUUCAGUCUGGAAAGGGGCUCAGGAAAUAGGCAGUGCCUGCACAGCUACUGCCAGCGUCUGACGGAGCCAGGCCCCAGGGUGUGGCCCUUUGAAUUCCCAAGCUCCAGAAUGUUCUGGAGUUGCCCGGGUCCAGCUGGCCUCCUCACGAUGGCAUCCCCUUCCCUUUCUCCCACAGAUCCUUUUUGUCUCUGCACUCUGGGCCUUCUGGCUCCCAGAAGUGAGGGAAGACAGGGCAGAGAAAAGUUCACCUAGACCCAUGGAAGCAAAUUCAAGGUUCUGUGUUUGGGAGCAGAGCGCAUCUUCAGUAUAUGUGCAAAAUAGCUUGACUUUCCAAUCGAAUGUUACUUUAAGGGCCCAAUAGAAGCACUGCAUAGAACACUUCUACUUACCUCCAUGGUGGUGAGCCACCUCCCCAUAAGUAUGUCCCCCCACAGCUGGGAGUAUUGAGUGUAUAUUGAUAAAAUACUUGAUUUGGGAUAAUAUACUAUACCAUGUAGAGACUCAAGGCUAAACCCCAUGUAAUAAAUUGUAUUUUGCAUAUUAAAAAUGAUGCUGAGUGUA